UGGGCUGCUGAGGUGUCCCAAGGCAGAGGACAGGCCAUCACCAGGCCUUCAGGCUAGAGUUUAGGUUAUCUGGGCAGGCUUCUGGGACAGGCAAACACAUGGAGCUCAGUUGUGGAAGUCUGCUUGACAGGUAGCCAGAAGAAACUCCGAAGGGUACAAAAGGCUGAGGGCAUGCAUACCCUGGCUGUGGAGCUGCUAGGCUGUGGUUACCCAGCCUAACUGCGGUAACCCAGUCUCCUGCGUGUGUCCAGAGGUCUGCCUCAACUGGGUCCCGAGCUGGUGCCCACACGGGCAAGCUACCAGGCCACAAAGACGACAGCCACCUCAGCUCUAGCACCUUUGGGCACCCAUGUACCUGCAAGAACACUUAGUCACAUCAGCUCAGAGACUGCACCCGCUGACCUAAAGAUUCUGGCCUGAGACUCUGAGGGUGAAAGGCAGACAAUCAGGAGCCCCCAGCAAGGCCAUGGAAGGAAGGGACAUGGACCUCAGAAGGGGAGCAUCCACCUCAGACCAAGGAUUGAGGAGCCUUAGCACCUUGGAGUCAGGGAGGGUUUGGGCAGCCAGUUGCGCCAUGUCUGUGAGCUGCGGGAAGACAGCACCAUCCCUGAUCCAGGAGAUCCUCAGCCACCUGGGCCUUGCCAACAAGACUGCAGCUUGGGGGACCCUGGGGACCCUCAGGACUUUCUUGAGCUUCACUGUGGAAAAGGAUGUACAGAGGCUGCUGAGGGCCAUUACAGGCCAAGGCGUGGACCAUAAUGCCAUUGUGGCCGUGCUGACUAAUCGGAGCAGAGAGCAGAGGCAGCUCAUCUCUCGAGCCUUCCAGGAGCGCACCCAACAGGACCUGCUAAAGUCCCUGCAGGCAGCACUUUCCGGCAACCUGGAGAAGAUUGUGGUGGGUCUACUGCAGCCCACGGCCCAAUUUGAUGCCCAAGAAUUGAGAAGAGCUUUGAAGGCCUCAGGUUCUGCUGAAGAUGUGGCCAUGGAAAUUCUCGCCACCCGACCCCCUUCUCGGCUACAGGAGUGCAUGACUAUAUAUAAACAUGAUUUCCAGGUGGAGGCUGAGGAGGACAUCAAGUCUGAGACCAGUGGCAUCUUGCAGGACCUGCUCCUCGCCCUAGCCAAGGGGGGCCGUGAGAGCUACUCUGGAAUCAUUGACUAUAAUCUGGCAGAACAGGAUGUCCAGGCACUACAGCAGGCUGAAGGACCCAGCACAGAGAGGACAUGGGUCCUAAUCUUCACCCAGCGAAAUCCUGAACACCUCAUCCGAGUGUUUGAUCAGUACCAGCAGUACACUGGGCAAGAGUUGGAAGAGGCUGUCCGGAUCCGUUUCCAUGGAGAUACCCAGGUGGCCCUGCUUAGCCUAGCUUCGGUGAUCAGGAACACACCGCUAUACUUUGCUGAGAAACUUCACCAAGCCCUCCAGGAAACUGAGCCCAAUUACCAAGUCCUGAUGCGCAUCCUUAUCUCUCGAUGUGAGACUGACCUUCUAAGUAUCAGAACUGAGUUCAAGAAGAAAUUUGGGAAGUCCCUCUACUCUUCUCUCCAGGAUGCAGUGAAAGGGGACUGCCAGUCAGCCCUACUGGCCCUGUGCAGGGCUGAAGACAUUUGAGACUUCCCUGCUCUCACCCCACAGGACAUUAGGAUCUGAGAGUCCCGUCUUUGGCUGAGCCUGCAGGACACCAGCAGGGACUCCACAUAGGAUAACCCCUCACUGAGCACCACAUGUUUCGCUUCUUGUUGAGGCUGGAACUGUUUCUUUUAGCUCUCUUAAUUUCCCUCAUCUCAAAAUGAUGUCUGUACAUGGGUCCUCUAGCUGUCUUUGCGGUGGGAUAAUGAGAUCUCUUUGCUAGUUUCUGCCUCACUCAUUCUUCCUGUACCCUGAUCAGAACAUCUCACUGGUAUCUGAAUUCUUUUGGCAAACUUCACUGUCGUUUGUGUACCCUGAUUGAAGUUUGGGUGGAGCAGGACAUGGACCGGGAAGAGGCCUUGGAGUUGCAGGCGCCUUUGAUGUGCACUUGGCUAUUCAACAGGAAUCCUGUUUUUGCCCCGGUGAUGCAGUAAUCCAUGCACCUCCCCCACCCCGGUGUCUCUCCUCACCCUCAUUCCCCAGGAAAUAUCAGGCAAAAUAAUUAAGAAACAGGUGCCAAAACAAGAACAAGAUCAGAAAUGGUCAAAGGUAGCAAAGGUCAAUGACUGGAAAGCAAGCAGAGGGUGAACCUGCCCUCCUCAGUCUGGGAAGUCUUGGGUUAGAAGGGAGCACAACCCCCAAACUCAUCUGGCCAAGCAGGGAUUUGGAAACUCACCUGCCAUUAGAGCAUUAUUUCCCAUACAAGACUUAGCAUAAACACAUAAACCAAAGCAAAAAAGAAAAAUAUCAGGCUUUGGCUCCCCCUGCUGGCUCCAUUAGAAAUGACAGGCAACCUCCUUCCACCUCUUCUCCCGCUCCCCCUUUUUGCAUUCUUCAACUGGGUCAAAUACUUAACCCCACUGCUGCAGGGUAAGGCAAACAACAGAUCUCAGGAAAGAAAUUUUAUUUCCAGACCUUAGGAAGGCAUUACAAAUAAUGGAGAUAGAAACCCAAAUCAAACCCUGAAACAAAUGGAGACAGGCCUGUUGGGUAGUCAGGGCCACCCAGCCCGUCAGAGAUAGGAAGGAGGGGAGACGCAUUCCAGAUGGGGACCUCACCCUGGAGCCUGAGUCUGUAUAUUCAUGUGACUAUUCUGAGAAAGGGAAUUGGGAACCAGAAAUCUUCACCCCACUAAUCUCAAUGUUGCCCUGGAUGAGAAGAAGAAAGGCAGCAGCAUGUGAGGGCAAGGACGUUACCGAGUCUGACCUUGGCGUUUCCUGCCUGCUCGGAUCCCCAGCAGUCCAUAAAUAAGUCACCCUGCACAUCUCAGGGGUUGAGGUGGGGGAGCAAGCAAACUAGCCAUAGCCUCCAAAAAAGGGGGCUGGUCAGCCUGGCAUUGGGGCAGCGCUACAGCAGGACACAGUCUGACUCAUGCUUGGGCUUUAGCCGACGCUCCCCGGCUGGGCGUCCAGAUGUGGCUCCUCUCCCCUGUAUUGGAUUUAACAAUUGGUCAUCCAACAACCUUGGAAGAGCAUGAGACAGAGAUUCUAGAAGGGAGAGGAAUCACGGAUCAGGAGGGGCAGUGGGGACAGAAAGACAGGAAGGAGCACCUGGGGAGAGGGACAAGCAGGGGAAGGACCCCAAGAGAAGAAACCCUGAAGAGAUAAGAGCAGGAGUAACAAGUGUCUGGACCAGGCAAAGCAAGGGAUAGCCACCUGGGGAUGUGGGCACAGGCCUGGGGAGCUCCGCUGAGGGGCGAACACAGCAGGCUCACCUGUGGUGGUGGGGCCCGCGCCUGCACAGGCUGGACUGCUUGCUGCUGUUCAUACUCCUCCUGCUGGAGUUGCUGGGCCAGCUCCAAGUCGCUAAGACCCAACGUGCCUUGUGGCUGCUGUUGCUGCUGCAGGGACAAAGCAAUCAGGUAGUCCUAGAAAGAACAGAGUUGUGAGGUGGGCUAAGGCCUGGGGGGAUGGAUAUUCAGGCUAAGUUUCCAAAUCAGUUUUUCCCCAUCCUUCAAAUUCUCUAGCGCCUUCUCCCUCCAGAGCAAAACACACAGCCAAAUGUAUCAUCUGUGGUGCCAGAGAAGGCACACCAAGCGAGGAGCUGGUCCGAGGUAACAGAGAGCGAAGGGGCAAGGAUGUCCUGUUACGGUCUGUAGAUAAUAAAAUGCAUGCAGUCUCCUAUGGCAAAAAG